AUACAAAAUAUCACAAGGGCAUAAACGACAUUCGAUUAGGAACUAUCUGUUCAGACAUAUGAAAGAUUUGCUGUGUCAGAGUUACAAAAGCCUAUCCCAUGCUUUACUACUUCUUCUCUCUCUCCCCUUCUCUACUGUAACCUUAUUAGAAGUUUCCUUAUUUUCUCUUGGAAAAUGCAAGAUAUUCAUGAUUACUCAAUGACCGGAAGCGGCGGAGGAGGAGGAGGAAGCACGGUGAGGUUUCUAGGUGGAGAUCGGAGAAUGAGAGUGCAUCAGAACAAUAUCCUGAACCAUCACCAAUCUCUCAAGUGUCCUCGUUGCAACUCUCUCAACACAAAGUUCUGCUACUACAACAACUACAACCACUCUCAGCCUCGACACUUCUGCAAAAGCUGCCGUCGUUACUGGACCAAAGGCGGCGUCCUCCGUAACGUCCCCGUCGGUGGUGGUUGCCGUACAGCCAAACGUUCCAAGUCUAAGCAGCCUCCGUCUUCGUCACUUUCCACCGCCGACAAACCAACGACUGCACAAGACGGAGAGGAGAAACCAAGCAGCAGCGAGACCUCUUCUCUCACCGCCUCUACCUCCACCGCCGUCACAGCAAAGGUUACGUCUGAUAUGUAUAAUCUCAAACUGUACGGAAACGGGAUAGAAUGGUCUACGUUGCUCGGACAAGGCUCAUCUGACGGUAUGGGCGGUUUUAUUGAAACGACACCGUUCGAAUUCGGAGGUAAUACUGUACAUCAGCAGUUGGAGGAUCGAACGGCUCUGGUUGAUCCCAGUAUGGGAUUUGAGCCGUUGGAUUGGGGAAGUGGUGGAGGUGAUCAAACACUCUUUGAUCUAACCAGUACCGUUGAUAAUGCACACUGGAGUCACCAAGAUCAGCAUGAUUUUUACCUUCCUCAAUUCUCUGACAGAUUCUCUUCUUUUUGAUCCACAAAAAUAUUAUACACAUAAGGUAAAGUUUUGAAGUAUUUUUAUGGGUUUGAAAACGGUUUUUUUUUUGUUAUACAAUAUAUGUGACUGGUUGUAAGAAUAUUCCCAAAAUAUAAAAUAUACAUAUCUCUUGUUUU